AGACACUCCUCCCUUGCUCUAUUGCGCUUGCGUAAGUAUGGCGGCGCCCAGUUCGGCGAUGGAGGCGGCUGAGCUGGGACCGGAGGAGCUCGUGUGCGCAAGUGGGCGGAACCGCAAAGCCGUUCUUUGCCAGCGCUGCGGCUCCCGCGUCCUUUUGCCCGGAGCUGCAACCUUCACCCGCAGAGAGCUGUUUCUUCCUGCUAUGAAGAAGAAGACCGCUUUGGUGACAAACAGUGACCUAGAAGGGGAUGUUUUGCAGGACCAUUGGCUAGUUGAGGACAUGUUUUCUUUUGAAAAUGUUGGUUUCACCAAGGAUGUUGGAAAUGUAAAGUUCCUGAUCUGCGCAGACUGUGAAAUUGGUCCUAUUGGCUGGCACUGCUUGGAUGAUAAAAAGAGUUUUUAUGUGGCUUUGGACCGUGUUUCUCAUGAAUGAAAUGCUCAUAGCUGACCAAAAGUGGCUCCUAGUCACCUGGUUACACCACAUUCUAAAUAACUUUCCAAGUUCAUGGCCUCCAUAUGCAGGCUUGAAACUGGCAUAAAUGAAAUGCCCUUUUCAGAUGCAUCAAUUGAAAUAUUUGCUUAUAUUGUUUGUUCAGUUGCAACUCAUUGGUUCUGACCAAAUUUGUAUUGAUAUUUAAUAAUGUCCAAUUAUGUGCAUAUACUUUGAAACACACAGUUCCAUGCAAAGUGACAGUUCAAUUUCCUUAGUAAAAAAGGAAAGAUUCAGAAUUUUGUUCUCUGAAAAAUAAGUGUGUAAUACAACAGGGAAUAAGGCUUCUGAUUUUUGGGGAGAGGAGGGAGCAUACAAUAUUGUGAUUUAUGGCUUUCUGCUCUGUUCUGGAUAAAAGAGUAAACAUUUGUGAUUUUGAAUAUUUACUGAUAUCUAAUGUUUACAAAUAACUGAAUUUCCACUUCAAGAUCAUUGUUAAUUAAAAGUCAGUCAUUAGCUACAGGUCAUCUUAAAUGUAAAAAUAGUCAAACUGCAGGAAGUAAUAAUGGAAAAUUGAAACUGAAUUUUUAAUUGAAUUGAAAUCAUGCAUUUAAUGUAUGUAUUGUUUAUAUUGGAAGUACCAAUAGCUAAUGAAAAACGGCUCACUCUAAUAGGUGUAACCUUACAUUUUCUGAAUAGAACCUCCAUUAUUAAUCUUUUUUUUAAAGUUACUGUAACACAACUCAUUACUGAUGCCCCUUGCAAUGAUAUGGUCAAUGAAUCACCUAGCAAUCAUUUAGUCUAGUUAAGAAUAUUAUCUGAAUGUGGGUCCUUUAUUUUUCCUCUGUCUAGAACAGAGGUGUCAAACUGCCGGCCCACAUGCCGGAUGCGUCACGCGGAAGCCACGCCCACCCCAGCUCUUGCAAGGGGAAAAAAGUCUCUACACAUCGUGAAAUGUCAUAGGACAUGGUGAGUUUGACACCCCUGGUCUAGAAGAAAAUAGAGAACUAAGCCAUGUUUUUUCCUCUGGCUUCUAUAGUGUACCAAACUCUUCAUUUAGAUGUCAAGUUUAGAGUGUUCUCCAAGACUUGGAAGUACGAUAGAUAUUGAACCAAUCAGUUGCCUUUAUUAUAUUGUACUGUCUGUUUGGCAAUAUGCCUGCUUCUCUUUUGUUCAAUUUUAUAAUUCCUUUUAGUUUUAAUUGUAAAACGUCCAGGGUUGUUUGGACUUGGGCUGCCUCUGAAUUUCAAUAAAUAAAAAUAAGCUAUGUGAAA